UAUCUUCAUUUCUCUCAUUCAAUUUCUAGGGUUCAUGUAGUAUCAAUUUUUGCGUUUUUGGUAUGAAUUUAUUACUUGCGUGUUCAAUUGCAACUUCAGAAAGUUGUUUUCGUUCAAUUUCUAGGGUUCAUGUAGUAUCAAUUUUUGCAUUUUUUUGUAUGAAUUUAUAACUUGCGUGCUCAAUUGCAAUCUUUAGAAAGUUGUUUUUGUUUGAUUUUUUAUUGUAUUAUUAUAAUUACUUCAAGUUUCAGCUACGAAUGUUAUUGUUUUAAGCUUCAAUUCAUUUGAAAUUAUUUAACAAACAUUGGAGUUUUGUAUAAUUUCUUCAUUUGGUAAUUAUAUCUAUGUUAUGAAUGUAAUAGAUUAUUGGUGGUGCUGAACAUGUCUUAUUUUGCUCCAUAUGUAUGCAUUACGAUGAGAAAGUUGCUGCUACUAUUUUGAGUAUAUAGACCAUGGUUUUCUGGUGCUAUACAUGUCUUAUUUUGCUCCAUAUGUGUAUGCAUUACAGUGAGAAAGUUACUGCUACUAUUUUGAGUAUAUAGACCAUGGUUUUUUGCUUAAUUUUGCUUGUUUCUUGACUAGUUUACUCCUCAUGAUUUGGUUGACAAUAUUUGUUAUUUGAUUAACUAGAGAUUGAUAUAACUAUUGUUUUGCCGUUUAUCAGGUUCAAUUGCCAUUUAUUUUCUGUGUUUCUUGUACAAUGCCUCGACUUAUGCGUUCUAUAAGGAAGAAAAAGCUAAAACAAAUACAAAUAGUAAUUGCAAUGGUUAUUAUUAUGUUGAUGAUGUAUUGGAUGUGGUAUAUAAUUAGCGUUGUUACAAUAAGGGGGGUUCAAAUAAAAGAUAGGAAAAGAAACAAAAAAUUGUUACGGAUGUUAGUAUUGAGAGGGCUUUAUAGGGAGAGUGAUGUGAAAUGCAAGAGUGAGCUUCGUGUUAAUAGAAAAACUUUCAAUAUUAUUUGUGAGAUGCUUAGAGACAUUGGGGGUUUGAGUGGAACAAAAAACAUGUCGCUUCAAGAGAUAGUAGCCAUGUUUUUAUACACGUUGGCUCAUCAUAAGAAGAAUAGGUCUAUUGGACAUUACUUCUAUAGAAGUGGAGAAACCGUGAGCCGACAAUUUCACCUUUGUCUAAGGGCUUUUCUCAAGUUGCAUGAAGUACUACUUUACAAUCCCACACCAAUAUUGGAUGAUUGUGAAGAUGAAAGGUGGAAAUCCUUCAAGGUAUUGGUAUUUUCAAAGCCCCUAAAUUUUGCUAGGAUUUUCUUAUUUUUGCUUGUUUGUAAGUAAUAUUUUUUCCUAUUUUUGUAGAAUUUUUUAGGGGCAUUAUAUGGGACUUACAUUAAUGUAAAUGUGCCUUCACAAGAACGACCAAAGUAUAGAACAAGAAAAGGAACGAUUGCUAUGAAUGUAUUGGGAGUUUGUGCACCUAAUAUGCAAUUUAUUUAUGUUCUUCCUGGUUGGGAAGGCUCGGCCCAUGAUAUGCGUGUACUUCGAAAUGCUCUUUCUAGACCAAACGGUUUUAGAGUACCUCGAGGUAAUUAUUAUUUGGCUGAUGCGGGGUAUACGAAUUGUGAGGGUUUUCUUGGUCCAUAUAGAGGUCAAAGAUACCAUUUAAAAGAAUGGACGGAUCGACAACCCGAAAGUGCCGAGGAAUUCUAUAACAUGAAACAUGCUAGAGCGCGAAAUGUGAUUGAAAGAUGUUUUGGCCUACUUAAAGGAAGAUGGAGUAUACUUAGAAGUCCUUCGUUUUUCCCUAUUCGAACUCAUGGACGCAUCGUGAUGGCUUGUUGCUUAUUACAUAAUCUAAUUAGAAAAUUCAUGCCUACGGAUGAUAUAAAAGAAGAUGAAUUGAGUGAAUCCGAUGAUGAGUCCGAGAGUGAUUCUGAUGAUGAGAGGGAAUUUAUUACAAGUGUUGCUACUUCAGAUCAUUGGACCAAUUUUAGAAACACAUUAGCCCAAGAUAUGUUUAACAAUUGGAGGGCGAGAGGUAGACAUGGUCAAUAACAUAAAAAGUAUGUUAUGCUUCAUUGAUUUGUUCUGUUCAAUUCUAAUAUGCCUUAUAUUUUGUUCUGAAGGAGUAAAGAGAGCUGUGUGUUUAUGAUGGUUACUAAGGACUGUUAUCAUUUACCAGACAUUUCUUAUUAGUGAGUGUGUUUUUCCGUAUUGUUGUAAUCCCAUCAUUCUCUAUUCAAGAUUAGUUAAUCCUAUUAUGUUGUUUUGAUUGUAAAGUUUGGUGUACAUUGAUCUUGUAUCGAAACAUAAGGCUUCAUUGGUCUAUAUUUACUAUUAGGAUUUUGUCUUGGACAUUAUAUUUUCUAGUUUUCAUUGAUUUGUACUAGUGUGCUUCAUUGCCUUCAUGGUU